AUGACCGACUUCAAACUGGGCAUCGUGCGGCUCGGCCGGGUGGCCGGGAAGACCAAGUACACGCUGAUAGACGAGCAGGACAUCCCGCUGGUGGAGGGCUACUCCUUCGAGGCCAGGAUGGAAGUGGAUGCCGAUGGAAAUGGUGCUAAGAUAUUCGCUUACGCCUUCGACAAAAACCGAGGAAGGGGCUCGGGCAGGCUUCUGCAUGAGUUGCUGUGGGAGCGGCACAGGGGCGGCAUCGCCCCUGGCUUCCAGGUCGUGCAUCUCAACGCGGUGACCGUGGACAAUCGCCUGGACAACCUGCAGCUGGUGCCGUGGGGCUGGCGGCCCAAAGCGGAGGAGACCUCCAGCAAACAGAGGGAGCAGAGCUUGUACUGGCUGGCCAUCCAGCAGCUGCCCACGGACCCCAUCGAGGAGCAGUUCCCCGCGCUGAGCGCCACGCGCUACUACAACGCCAACGGGGACGUGGUGGAGGAGGAGGAGAGCUCCUGCACCUACUACGAGUGCCACUACCCGCCCUGCACCGUGAUGGAGAAGCAGCUCCGGGAGUUCAACAUCUGCGGGCGCUGCCAGGUGGCGCGGUACUGCGGCUCGCAGUGCCAGCAGAAGGACUGGCCCGCUCACAAGAAGCACUGCCGGGAGAGGCGGCGCCCCCUCCAGCACGAGCUAGAGCCGGAGCGAUGA